AUUAUGCGCAUGUGCAAUUAACGAUUUACUACCCUUUUGUCGAGGGGGUAAGUUUUGUCUCCGCCAUCUUCCGACUUCCUCCCCUUUCGGUAACCCGGAUUUUCUUCAUCACUUUGGGACAGGGUGUGAGUAUUCUGGCUGGAGGAUUCCGUUCGCGGAAUAUUCUCACAUCAUUCCAAAAUGCCAGGAGCUGCCAAAAAGGACGAAGAAACGGAAGAUUAUGGAUAUGAUUUAGACACGACCGGUGAGAGUGGGGCCAUCAACGAGGGAGGCGAACAGGCCGAGUUCGAUGGGGAUACCCCACCAAAGAAGAAAAAAAGUAAAAAGAAUAAGAAGGACAAAAGAAAGGAUGGAAAAUCUAAAAAACGCAAGAGAGAUAGUGAGGUGAGUGACCACCAUGGCAGUGAUGAUUCUGAAGGAGAGGCCAAAACUAAGAGCAAAAAGAAGAAAGAAUUCAAGCCAAUGGAUUUCCAAUUGAACCUGAUCCCUCCUCCGAAGCCACAAACCGAGACAUCGAUGGACUUGAUGCGGAAGUACGGCAUCGAGGAGUUUGAAAUGGAGUACACCGAAUCCGACUACGAUGAACUCAUCAACUACAAACUCUACACUGAUAACAUCCGUCCUCUGGUUUUGGACCGGGCCCCAAAACUUCACUCACAGAAGCUGGUCAACCUCUUGGCAGCUCUCUGGAAAGAAUUCGCUGCCAACAACCCCAAGAAGAAGAAAGCAGUGGCCCCGCCCGUCAUUGACUUCAAACCUCCAACUCCAGCGAAGGAAGCAGAGGCUGAAGAAGAAGAAGAAGAGGAUUCAAAGAGAGAGAGCUUGGAAAUAGAUGUGAAGGUUCAGGAAGAGGAGAAGGAGGAAGAAGUGAAAGAAAAGAAGGGAGGUAAAGGUAAAGGAAAGGGUAAGGACAAAGGCAAGAAGAAGAAAACUGUUGCACCACUCAAGAUAAAGGUUGGAGGAUUAAGCAAGAAGAGGAAAACUCCCUCUGAGGACAGUGAUAGUCUGAGUGAGAGUGAACAUUCCAUAGCAGAGGAAGAAGAAGAAGCUACCGCAAAGAAGCCCGAAAGUCGCCCAGCACCCCGUAACAGAGCCCCCAAACCAACAGCAAAGCCCAAGGCUCCGGCCAAGAAGAAGAAAAAGAAGAAGACGACAAGUUCUGACGAUGAAGAUGGUUAUGAGACCGACCAUCAGGAUUACUGUGAAGUGUGUCAACAAGGAGGUGAGAUCAUUCUCUGCGAUACCUGCCCCAAGGCAUACCAUCUGGUGUGCUUAGACCCAGAGCUGGAGACUGCACCAGAGGGCAAAUGGAGCUGCCCACACUGCGAAGGAGAGGGCGUCCCUGAGCCUGAACCUACAGACGAACACAUGGAAUUCUGCCGCGUUUGCCAUGACGGUGGGGAGCUGCUGUGCUGUGAGCAGUGUCCGUCCUCCUACCAUAUCUUCUGCCUCAACCCACCCCUACGCAGAGUCCCUGAAGAUGACUGGGUCUGCCCCAGAUGUGCUUGUGAACCGCCUUCAGGGCGUGUCCAGAAGAUCCUGACCUGGAGAUGGAACACACCGGAGAUGCCUCCACUGGAGCCGGAGGAGGAGCCGGAGGAAGGAGCCGAGCCCAAGGAGGAGGAUCCAAUCCUGAAGAAGCUCCGCGAGCAGAAACCUAAGCCCAUCAGGGAGUUCUUCUGCAAGUUCCAUGGCUUGUCUUUCUGGCAUUGUGAAUGGGUGUCAGAACUACAGAUGGAGGUUUUCCACAGUAUCCUGCACAGGAAUUUCAUCCGUAAGAAUGACAUGGAGGACCCGCCCACGUUCGAUGACGAAGAGAGCAUUGCUAGGGCCAAGAGGAAAGAAGCCAAGAUCCAUCAUGAUCAUGAAUCAGAUAAAGAACAUAAACACAAGGUCGAGGAGGAGAAAGAGCAACAGGAGAAGAAGGAAAAAGAAGCAGAAUCCAAAGCCAAGGAAGGAGAGACCAAAGAGGGAGAGGAUAGAGAGAAGGAAGAAAAAGAGGACAAAUCUGAGACAGACUCUGAGAAGAAGGGCGAAGACACAGAGGAGGAAGAAGAGGAAGAUGAAGUGGAGGCUGAAAUUCUUGCCACCAUUGAAAAGUUUGUACAAUACGGUGUGCAGCCUGAGUGGAUGCAGAUACAUAGGAUCAUUAAUAGCAAGACUGACCGCUAUGGCAAUAUAAGCUUCUUCAUCAAGUGGAAGAUCUUGGCCUAUGACCACUCUACGUGGGAAGAUGAGGAGUUUGUAAGAAAGAUCCCUGAGGGUAACAAGCAAAUCCAGUACUUCUGGGACCUCAAAGCCUUGAUGUUUGGUGAGCCAGUGAAGAGCAAAAAGAGGAGCAAAAGCAAGAACAAGAAAAGCAAGGAAAGAGAACAAAGAGCUAUCCAGAAAUUGGAACCAACAACAGAUUUGAGGAAGAAGUUUGAGGUACAACCCCAGUACAUCGAUGCCUGUGGAGGCAAGCUUCACGAUUACCAGCUGGAAGGUCUCAACUGGCUGAGAUACUCCUGGGCUCAUGAUAUCUCUACCAUCCUUGCCGAUGAAAUGGGAUUGGGUAAAACCAUCCAGACCAUCGCUUUCCUCUACUCCCUCUAUAAGGAGGGACACACCAAAGGCCCCUUCUUGAUCAGUGCUCCUCUAUCUACCAUCAUCAAUUGGGAGAGAGAGUUUGAGUUCUGGGCUCCUGACUUCUAUGUCGUCACAUACACUGGAGACAAAGACAGCAGAGCUGUUAUCAGAGAGAACGAGUUCUCCUUCGAAGACGAUGCAGUGAAAGGAGGCAAGAAGGCCUACAAGAUGAGACAAGGUUCCUUGGUCAAGUUCCAUGUUCUCUUGACCUCUUACGAGCUGAUCAGCAUCGAUGCGACCACCCUCCAGUCGGUCAACUGGGAUGUCCUGGUGGUCGAUGAAGCUCAUAGGCUCAAAAACAACCAGUCAAGGUUCUUCAGGAUUCUGAGCGGCUAUAAUAUCCGCUUCAAGCUACUGUUGACAGGAACCCCACUACAGAACAACCUAGAGGAACUCUUCCAUUUAUUGAACUUCAUGAGUCCAGAUGAAUUUAACAACCUACAGCAUUUCUUGGCCGAGUUUGCCGACAUCUCCAAGGAGGAUCAGAUCAAGAAGCUCCACGACCUCCUGGGACCUCACAUGCUGCGACGUCUCAAGGCUGACGUCCUCAAGGGUAUGCCGUCCAAGAGCGAGUUCAUCGUCCGUGUGGAACUGAGUCCCCUACAGAAGAAGUACUACAAAUAUAUCCUGACCCGCAACUUCACGGCCCUGAAUGCAAAGAGUGGGGGCGGCAGUGUGUCCCUCCUCAACAUCAUGAUGGAUCUCAAGAAAUGUUGCAACCAUCCCUAUCUUUUCCCCACUGCAGCUGCUGAGGCUCAAAGACUCCAGAAUGGAGCAUUUGAGGUGAUAUCUUUGGUCAAGGCAUGUGGUAAACUGGUACUCCUCAGUAAGAUGUUGAAGGCACUCAAGAAGGACAAUCAUAGAGUUCUUAUCUUCUCACAGAUGACAAGGAUGUUGGAUCUCCUGGAAGACUUUUUAGAAGGUGAAGGCUACAAGUAUGAGAGGAUUGAUGGUGGUGUGACAGGAGGUCUCAGGCAAGAGGCUAUCGACAGAUUUAAUGCUCCUGGAGCCGAGCAGUUUGUGUUCCUCUUGUCAACCCGUGCCGGUGGUCUGGGUAUCAACCUGGCCACGGCCGACACUGUCAUCAUCUACGACUCUGACUGGAAUCCUCACAAUGACAUCCAAGCCUUCAGCAGGGCGCAUCGUAUCGGUCAGUCCAACAAGGUCAUGAUCUAUCGCUUCGUCACAAGGGCAUCGGUGGAGGAGAGAAUCACUCAAGUGGCUAAGAAGAAGAUGAUGUUGACCCAUUUGGUGGUCAGGCCCGGUCUUGGCUCUCAGGCCAAGGGGGCUAUGUCCAAGAAAGAACUGGACGAGAUCCUCAAGUUUGGAACCGAACAACUCUUCAAGGAUGAUGAAGGGGCAGAGGAAGUCGAGGGCACCAUCCAAUGGGACGAUAAGACCGUCAACGAUCUCCUGGACAGGACCAAGGAAGGCAACGUAGAGGAACCCAAGGAUGACAUGUCCAAUGAGUACCUACAGUCCUUCAAGGUGGCCAGCUAUGUGGUCAAGGAUGAGGAGGCCGAGGAAGAGCCGGAGCCUGAGACGGAGGUCAUCAAGCAGGAGCUGGAGCCAUCGGAUCCUGCCUACUGGGAGAAGCUCCUGCGUCACCACUACGAGCAGCAGCAGGAGGACCUGGCCAGGACGCUGGGCAAGGGCAAGAGGGUCAGGAGACAGGUUAACUAUAACGACGCUGCCCAGGAAGAUACCAGCAGAGGAGGUAGGCUUGGGAAGAAUGUAUGGGAUGAUAAACUCAACGAUGACUUCAGUGAUUACUCUGGUGGUACCGAUGAUGAGGAGGAUGACCAGGACUAUGAUGACAAGAAUGAUAACAUUCGAAGGAGUAGAAGAGCAGAGAGGGACAGGGAAAAGCUCCCACCUCUCCUGGCUAGGGUUGGCGGUCAAAUCGAGGUCCUUGGUUUCAGUGCCCGUCAACGCAAGGCUUUCUUGAACGCUAUCAUGAGAUGGGGCAUGCCUCCCCAAGACCCAUACAACUCACAGUGGCUAGUCAGAGAUCUCAGGGGCAAGCCAGAAAGGCAUUUUAGGGCCUACGUAUCAUUGUUCAUGAGGCAUUUGUGUGAACCAGGCUCUGAUGGAGCAGAUACCUUCGCUGAUGGUGUCCCAAGGGAAGGGUUGUCACGGCAACACGUCCUCACAAGGAUAGGAGUCAUGAGCCUCAUCAGGAAAAAGGUGCUAGAGUUCGAGCCUAUCAAUGGUAGUGUGAGUCUGCCGGAACUAAUCAGCCAGCUGACCGGCAAGGGUUCAUCAAGCAAGGGAAGUUCACGGACCUCCUCGCCCAUCCCCACCCCAGCCAGAGUGGCCUCCCCGGCCAGUACAGUGGACUCCAAGACCAGCGACUCGGACGCCAAGGCAGCCAAGACGCCCGAAGGUGAAACCAAAUCAGAAAAGACUGAUGAAACCAAAACAGAGCCUGACAAGGCUGAAGGAAAGGCAGAUGAGGAGAAAAAAGAAGGAGAGGAAAAAAUGGAGGUGGAAGAGGAGAAGAAGGAGGAUAAAUCGGAGGAGAAGAAGGGAGAUGAGACGGCAGCAAAGGAAGAGAAGAUGGAGACAGAGGAUGGCGCUGCCAAGGAAACAAAGGAUGAACCUAUGGAGACUGAUAAGGAGGAAUCCAAGGAAGGUGAUGGAGUCAAGAAGGAAGAGGAAACAAAAGAUGAGGAAGUCAAGAAGGGAGAAGAGAAGACGGACGAGGCAAAGAAAGAAGGAGAUAGUGAAACCAAAGAAACGAAGGAAGAAACCAAAGAGGAAGACUCCAAGACGGAAAAGAAAGAAGACACCAAGGAAGAAUCAAAGGAGGAUGACCAAACCAAGAAGGACGAACCAAAGAAAGAAGAGGAAGAAAAGGAGAAAGUGGCUGAAAAGGAGAAGGUGGUUGUGAAGAAGCCAGAGAAGAGGCCAUUUGUCUUCAACAUUGCCGAUGGCGGUUUUACAGAGCUUCAUACGCUGUGGCUGAAUGAGGAGAGAGCGGCUAAGGAGAUGUGUGAUAACGAGGCUGAGAUCUGGCAUCGGAAGCAUGACUACUGGUUGCUGCAUGGUAUCGUCAAACAUGGCUAUGGUCGUUGGCAGGAUAUCCAGAAUGACCCUGCCUAUGCCAUCCUUAAUGAACCAUUCAAGGUCGAUCAAGGCAAGGGCAACUAUUUGGAAAUCAAGAACAAGUUCCUUGCUCGCAGGUUCAAGCUUCUGGAGCAGGGUUUGGUAAUCGAGGAGCAGCUUCGCCGUGCCGCUUACCUCAACCUGACCCAGGACCCCAACCACCCUGCCAUGGCCCUCAACGCCCGCUUUGCAGAGGUGGAAUGCCUUGCCGAGAGCCAUCAGCAUCUCUCCAAGGAAUCCUUAGCAGGAAACAAACCAGCCAAUGCUGUACUACAUAAAGUACUUAAUCAGUUAGAGGAGUUACUGAGUGACAUGAAGUCGGACGUGGCCCGUCUACCCGCAACCCUCUCACGCAUUCCACCGGUGGCUGCAAGGCUCCAGAUGUCGGAACGUAGCAUCCUAAGCAGACUGGCUACCCAGCCAGCUCCACAGGCUCAAGGAAACGUUGCCAGUGCCUCCAGCCACAACCCCUACGCUCAGUACAGCAGCUCCAGUAGCUUUGGUGGUAGCUUCGCCACCAACUACGCCGGCUACAGACCCACCGGUCAGUACAACCUAACCCAGGUGGCCCCAGGGCUGCAUUCCCGGGUAUCUGCCCAGUCCAUCGCAGCGGCUGCAGUGGCCUCCGCCGCUGCCUCGUCCAAGCAUGUCCCCGCAGCGCUAGGUCGAACUGUUCAACCCAUCCCACAGGGUAACGUCCAGGUAGUACCGGGCAGCUCCCGCCCCCAGGCCCUGGCCGGGGGUAAGGGCUCCAGCAGUGGAGCCAGCUCCUCCUCCCAACCCUCCGGCAGUAACUACUAUUCCACCAUGCUCAGCAAUGCAUCAAGUGCUAUCUCCAGCUCAGGUGUUUCCCAGAGCAAAGGGUCCAUCUUGAAGGGAGAGCCCAGCACGGGUAAGUGAAGCAGCAAAAGACCUCAGAAAAAGUGAAAGCAGUGGGGAGAGCUCGAAAGAAGUCAUCCUCAUCGACUAAGUUAUUCAACCAUUUUUUGGUGUAAAAUGUACAUUGUAGCAUGUAAAAUUAAACUAUGACCAUUUGUGUGAAACUUGUAUAAAAAAAGACUCCAUAGUCUAUAAAUGAAUGAGAUGCAUCUCCAUCGUGUAAGAAAGUAUUUUUGCCAUUACAUUCAAACAAAAAAUGAAGUUCUCGUUGAGUGUAAGAAGUAAUGCACACAACUCUUGAUAGUUCUCAACAUCAAUCUGAAAGGGGGGUGGUGCUGGUGGAAGAAUGGAAAUGUUGAGCACAAAAUCUUCAUAUGUGCAGUAUCAAAAAUAAAUACACUACGGUAGUGAUCUACUGAAGUGUGCUGAAUGUAGUUAGGUCAACGUGUAUCAACUACUCUCUAUUUCUAGUCAUUUGUGCUUUUUUUUUAUAUGCACCGAUGCUGUUAUGCAUUGUUGUCGACAGUGUUCAAUAUAUGUGUAUUCCGUAAUGUGUAUAUUUUGGUCAUACUUUAGGUGCUUUUUUUAUAAUGCCUCAUCUAAUUAUUCCAUUAAGGUGUAGUUAUUUUAUUUUGUUGUUGUUGAAAAAUUGUAUCAUUGUACUUGUCUGGAGAUUUAUCUAACACUUGUAGAUUUGUAUGUAGAUUGUUUGUCAUGUUUAGCUGUGCUAAGAAGUGGUUCUCUUUCAUUGUAUAUUAUGUUGAUUUCCAUGUGAGAUUCACCGAAAGUUGAUCAUGAUGCAAAAUCGGUAAUGAUCAGAUACAUGAAAAGGUGGUUAUUUUGAAACAAACAUACCUCAAGCGUUUCAAUGAAUUCUGUCGAGAGUUGUUGGGUAUAGUAUAUAUGGUUAAUACCAACAGAUAUUGGUUUCACUGUACAACUAUGUAGCAGUAAUAUAGUUAUAAGAAAGUAAUUGACACAUUGCCAGAGACAUGGCUUCCUUAUGAGCAUGGAAUCUGAUAGGAAGGGCUUUAUAUACUAAGUAUAGUAUAAAACCUUGUAUACAGAAAUUAGGUGUAUCUUAGAGUACAGGUACUUGUUGAGAACACUACAUUAUUUUUCUACACGUGGGACUGCACACACCACUGCUCAGUGAUUCUACUUGUUGGUACAAUAGUGUGAAAUGUGUCUGUAGCUGCUGACAUGACUCGUAUCUAAUUCUGUACCUUAGCACUAUGUUCGUGGUCUCAUCUAAUAUUGUAAAGAAAUAGAUACAUGAUGCCAGCUUUUUAGAAAACUUAAAAUGCUUUAACGACGAAGAAAGUUUGAAGGGUAAUGGUGAAAACAAAUGAAGAGAAAUAUUUUGUGCCUUUUUUGAGCUGAAAUUUGCUGCUGUAGCAGGCUACCGGGUUGUAAAUGAUUCUGUCUUGGCUGUGUGAUAUUGUAUAGGUAGUCAUGUCAUGGUUUGGGUAUUCCGUGAAGUAACAGUUUCUGAGGAUUCGAUUAACGUGGAUUCAAGUGUAGGGGAACGUAGCAUCUUAAAGUGAAAAUAAAUUACAUGCAAUGUUCAUUUAUGUUUGGUAGAGUAUCUAAGUAUACAAUCUACAAGCACCUGAAUAAAAGCCACCUGUCUAAAGAGAGAAAAUGAAUAUCCCCUUGGCUUCCACUUUACAUGUCUCUUAUUAAAAUAUGUUUAACCUUUAUGUAAAAGAAACCUAAGAAACUGUUUCACAAUAAAUUUAGUUCUUGAAUUCAUUGACUAAUUAGAGAUUCGAGUUGCAUAGAUGUUGGCCUUGUUUAACAAACUUUUUGUUUAUCAUAAGUUCUGAGGUAAAACCUUCUGAAAUUUAGGAAGUUGACUGGUUGAAAGCGAAUUGGUCACAGAUUUGCGGCUUUUAUUAUAACAAGUCUUGUGAAACAGGGCCAUCAUGGCUACCCAUAAUAGCUGUCCCUUCAUGAGAUAGAUAAAAUCACACAUGAUAGCUUUCAGUAAUUAUAUUUCCUAUUGAACCUUGGCUUGCUAUUUGAUGAUAGCAUUUGAUUUGAUUUCCGUCCAGUUGUGAAAUUGUUUCAACUAUCUUGUGGUAUUGUGUUUUAUUGGCUAUAUUCUAAGAAAUCAUUCUUUGUUCUCACUUUUCAAUCAUCACAUAAGCUGGAUCAAAUCAUCACAUCAAUCUUACCGGGACUACCACUUAGUAUUUCUGGACCCUGUUACACAAAGAUUAGCUAUUGAUUGUACAGCUGAUUUGUGUGUUCGAUUAUGCAUAACUGUCAAUGCAAUCAAUCGUAAAAAUAGCCUUACAAUCGAUUUCUAAUUUAUGUGAUAUGUGGGCAUGCUCACUGUAGUGUCAUGAAGCAUGUUUGAAUGUAGCAAUUGCUAUUCACUUUAAAUUGUACUGAGGAUGGAAAUGAUUAUGAUAUAUUUCAUUGCUUUUUGGCUACUUAAAACUGAAAAAUCACUAAGAAGAGAGACUUUUCUCCAAUGCACAGCUAACUGGAUAGAAUCUCAAUAUUUUCAUUACAAUAAUACAUCUGGUAUAAAAUUGUAAGUUAUUUAUUAGUGCUAGAAUUAUGUAAUGCAAAUAUCUUUUUAAGACUGGAUUCAUUAGAAAGGCAAAAAUAAUCAAUUUGUAAACUGUCACUUCUUAUUUCAUUUCAAUAUUGGUAAGAUAGAGUGAUGUUGGAAUUAUUGAAAAGUAACGACCAUGAAAAAAGUUACCGAUACCCAACAUUGCACUCUCUCUCUUUGUAGCAUGAAUAAUGUGUACUAACAGAAAACAUGCAGGGUAUUUGUUAUAAUGACUUGACGAUAAAGUAAUAGACCUUAUGCUUUAAGGUUCUAUUACGAUCCUACAAUUUAUACUUCAACCUAGAGCGCGGCAGUACAGUUGACCACAUUGAGCCCUUAAAACAUGUUUGAUAAUAAAAGAAGCAAAUUAAUAAAUGGAAGAGGCUGAAGCUAUUGCCUCCCAUGCGUUGAUGAUCUGUAGCUGGCGCAUCUCUGACAACUCCAUUUACAUGUAUUCCAAUAUCCUCUGAGGGAGGGCGCACUUGAGGUCAUGACGUCAUAUGCUUAAGGUCUAUGAAGAACUUAAUCUUGAACAAAAAUUAGAUAUUAGCAAAACAUUAGAUUAAGAUAGUAAAUUUAGAAGUAUCCAAUAUUUUUUUUCAUAUGUAAUGUGUUUAUUACUAAUUUAAUUCAUUCCUUAUAAUGUGAAAGGCAUGAGAGAUGAUUAACACCAUGCAUAUUUAUUACAUUUGGUACCUAAUGAUGAUGGGACUGAGAAGUCGUGUACAUGUCAGGAGAAAUUAAAAAGAAAAGAUAAUUGCACAACAAAUAAA